AUGGCUGCUUCUGGCGAUGCUCUUAUUUUACCUCGUGAAGAGGCUUCAGAAGCUUUGAAAAUCGUGUUGUGUUGCUGGUGGAAAUGUGAAAGGAGUCGUUCGUUGAGAGUUCCUCCCAUGGUUCUACCUAUUAAUGCGGAGAAGUACUGCGAACAGCUGGAUCGGGUAGCUGCAAAGCUUAGAGGGAUAGAGAGAAAUGGAUCGGGUAGCUGCAAAGCUUAG